UCGGUCAGCUACCUAUUCUCCAAUUGCUCACUUCUUCACGUCUAAUUUAUUGAGUAGUAAUUCAUUCCGCGUGCAUUGACCUCUGACUAUCACUUCCCCCAACGUCUACGACCUUGACUCCAAUUUAACCUUCUUCAAGCUCCUCAUCUCCAUCUUUGUUAUCUCUCUCCUUUACUUUUGUUCCGUGGACACGGCAAGCUGAACUACAGUAGAGCUCUACACAACCCGUUUACGCAUAUUAGAGAGCGGGAAUUCUACGAGGAUAAUCAACAACACGAUAGCUUCCAGAUUUGACAAACUCAACGACCCUCAAGAUGGGUACCGUUGUGGAGAAGCGGGGCGGCCAGACGAUUUACAAGUCCCCAGAUCACAUUGAUCUUCCCAAAGUCGACCUCCUCACAUUCCUGUUUGACUCACCAAACGAACGGCUGCGCGAUGACACAGUCCUUCACGCCGACGCGGCAGAUCCAUCCAGAUCAAUCACCAAAUCCCGCCUUGUAAAGGCUCUCAAACAGCUCGGCCAUACCCUCCGGCACCAGUAUGGCAUCAACAAAGGCGAUGUCGUGCAGGUCAUCUUCACAGGCCACUACAUGGCACCCACCGUCUUCUACGGCAUCAUGGCAGCGGGCGGCACCGUCGCGGCGUCAACGCCCUCCUCCACCCCGCCAGAGGUUGCGCGCCAGAUCAAUCUCACCGAGAGCAAGAUGGUCAUCUGCAGCCCCGAUCUCAAGGCACUAGCCGCUGCUGGUGGGUCAGCAGCAGGACUCCCCGAUGACCGGAUUCUCUACAUUGGCGAUAGCCACGAGUUCCAGCUGUUCGAGGCCAAGACGGAUAAGCGAGUCCCUCUCUCGACGCACGAGCUCGACUGGGAACGGGUGACGGACCAAACGCGACUCGAGAACACUGUAGGCUGUUACAUUUACAGCAGUGGCACCACUGGUAUCCCCAAGGCAGUCAAAAUUUCUCACGCAAACAUGAUUGCGCAGACCAUGUUCAUUUCAACGCCGACGAUAGAAUAUUACAAGACGCACCCAAAGAUUGAGUACAUCACGCUCGCGCAUCUGCCGGCGGCUCAUAUAUCUGGUCUCCAGGCCUACAUCGUCAAUCAGACCUUCAUGGGCGGCAUCGUCUACUGGAUGAAGAAGUUCAACUUUGUGGAAUUCCUGGACUACGCGAAAAAGUACAAAAUCACCUCGUUCUUCAGCGUACCGCCCAUCUAUCUCAUGAUUGCGAAAUCCCCGUUGGUAAAGGAUCACCUCGACACCGUGGAGUUUGCCUUCACGGGAGCUGCUGCCCUGGGAGGAGAAACCCAAGCCGAAGCACAGCGAAAAAUGGGCAAGGGGAAAGCGAUCCUCGGUCAGACGUGGGGUCUUAGCGAAACGACCGGUGGGUUCACGAUCCUCCCACGCCACCUCACAGACGACACUGGCAGCGUCUCCAUGAUUGUAGCCAACUGCGAGGCUCGCCUGGUCGAUGAUGAGGGGAAGGACGUCGAGGUCGGACAACCUGGGGAGAUGUGGUGCCGCGGGCCAAUCAUCACCAAGGGGUACUACAAGAAUGAUAAGGCCAACAAGGAGGCGUUUGUCGAUGGCUGGUUCUGCACGGGUGACCGCUUGUCUUUCAAGGAUGGAAAAUUCUACUUCGUUGAUCGGAAAAAGGAACUCAUCAAGUACAACGGAUUCCAGGUGGCACCAGCCGAACUUGAAGCAUUGCUGGUCACGCACCCGAAGAUCCAAGAUGCAGCAGUAAUUGGCGUCGACGGCGAAGGCACCGAACUCCCAAGGGCCUACGUGGUCGCCGAUAAGAAACAGAUUUCUUCCGAAGAAAUCCAGAAGUGGGUGGCAGAUCAGGUUGCAAGUUACAAGAAGCUUCGUGGUGGCGUCAUUUUCAUCGAUGCCAUCCCAAAGAGCCCCUCGGGAAAGAUUUUGCGCAAGGAUCUAAGGGCACUUGUCAAGCGCGAGGCUGGAGCCAAGCUUUGAUAGAAAUCAGGUGCUAAGACACCCCAUGGAAAGUGUAAACGAACGUCCUGCUCACUUGCUUAAACGCCGCCAUUCAUGGCUCGGGGCUUAGUCCUGAAUUUCCUUUGAUUGUGGUUCCCCAGAUGCUAUGUAAAAUUAAGCCUCAAACUUUGACGCCUGGUACUGUAAAGUGAUUCGUUCUAAUCCAGGUGGGGAUAGUAUGAAAUCAAAGUCGAUCCAUACGCCUAAUGGAACC